AUGACGAUAUUAGGUUUUCUACUUAUUCUAAGUAUCUUUUUCAUUAGUAGUUCCACUAAGGAGUUCAAUGGUAAGUAUAUAGGGCAAACUAACUAUCCUGCAAAUUCACUGGGUUUGCAAAUUCUCAAUGGAGUUUCAGCUGAUAUCGAAAUUGCCACAAUCGACUCAAAAGAUAAAGAAGGAGAAGCUGAAAAAUAUGUGAUCAAAAACACUGUUACCAAAACGGAACCUUUAGUCAUACACGGCAAUGGAGUGUCCAAAUUCUCUUUGAACUAUUUGAGUAAUUAUGUUCCAAACACUUGGAAUUCCAUAGUAGGAUGUCGGCAGUGUGCCGAAGGACAUAUCGAUCUAAGCAACCUUGCAACGAAAGAAUUACCAGUAGUUCUUCUGUCUGUUUUCAUCGAACAGAAUACUCCAUUUUUGGAAGAAGCGUUGCAAAAAGUCUAUUCGUUGGACUAUCCUCGGAAGAGGAUGCAUCUUUUCGUUCAUAAUGCGAUGAAGUAUCAUAGUGACCUAGUCAAAAAUUUCACUGACAAAUAUUCCAAAGAGUAUGUGUCUUUCAAACAAAUCACCUCAGAAGAUGGUACUCCAGAGUGGAAAGCUAGAGAUCUCUCCCUGGACCACUGUCUUGCCAAAAAAUGUGAUAUGUACUUCUCUGUAGACUCAGUUGUCCAUAUCGACAAUCCAUUCACCUUACGCUUACUAAUCGAACAAAACCGUACCGUUAUUGCACCCAUGGUAACGAGACCUGGAAAAGCCUGGAGUAACUUUUGGGGAUCCCUCACACAAGACGGAUUUUAUGCUAGAUCUAAUGAUUACAUGGAUAUCGUACAUAAUGAAAAGCGGGGCCUGUGGAACGUACCCUUCAUCAACUCGGUAUACCUGAUAAAAUCUGCACUUCUGAAAAAAUUCGAUCGCACUCAACUAAACUUCGACAGAAAUAAUGUGGAUGCUGAUAUGGCCUUCUGCAGCAAUCUUCGAGACUUGGAUGUGUUUAUGUACGUGUCCAACAGAAUCGACUUCGGCCAUUUGGUGAAUCCAGAUACGUUCGAUACUACCAGAACCGAACCGGACAUGUACCAAAUUUUUGAAAACUCGCAGGACUGGGAGAAUCGAUACAUACACGAAGAAUAUCCAGAAAAUUUCAAUCCGGACAAAAAGGAUCAACAGCCAUGUCCUGAUGUUUACUGGUUCCCUAUCGUUAGUCAAAAAUUCAACAAGGCACUGAUCCACAUGAUGGAAAGUUUCGGCAAGUGGUCGUCUGGUAAAAACCAAGAUGAUCGUUUGGAAGGAGGAUAUGAAGCAGUUCCAACCAGAGACAUACAUAUGAACCAAGUCGGAUGGGAGCCCCACUGGCUUCACUUCCUUCAGAAAUAUGUCAGGCCGUUGCAGGAGAAGGUGUUUCUGGGCUACUAUCAUGACCCGCCCAGAUCUCUCAUGAAUUUUGUAGUUAGGUACCGACCCGAUGAACAACCAUCACUGAGACCCCACCAUGACAGUUCAACCUACACCAUCAACAUAGCAUUGAACGAAGUUGGCACUGACUAUGAAGGUGGUGGAUGCAGAUUCAUACGGUACAACUGCAGUGUGAUCGGUACAAAACCGGGUUGGAUGCUGAUGCACCCUGGUAGGCUGACACACUAUCACGAGGGUUUGUUAGUUACCAAAGGCACUAGAUACAUAAUGAUUGCUUUCGUUGACCCGUAGAGGAGAUGCGUGUUGUGAUAGAUCCGUUGAAGUUGGUGAAGGAACUGGUUUUUCGAAAUUUUUCGUAUUGUUUCAAAAUAGGAGAACUAAUUUGACUUCUGUAAUCAGUUUCUUCCAUGGAGGGUCAAAAAUAAUGGCAUUUUAGGUUUGUGACAAAAUCUGUGUUCCUUUUUAUUGGUUAAUUAGUCCCGGUGUUUUUUUGUAAAUACCUUAAAAAAAUAUCAUUCAUAGCUUUUAUCCAUAUAUUUACUGCCACAGCUGUUGUAACAGAUUUUAACAAGUAAGAUAGACUGAAUAUUUGAUUCUGUAAUACUAGAUCUGAUUAAUUCUAAUGUGAGUUAUUUUUUCUACAGUGCAAUUUGUAAAUGUAAACUAAUAAUAAAUUAGUUGGAAUAA